ACAGCAAGUGUGAUUGGAGGGUGUUGGACCUCUUUCUCUCUCAUUAAGGGGUGUGAGAGGAUGCCUGUACUUCUGUAUCAUCAGUGCGGAGAAGCUUUACUGGAUGUUGAAUUAAUCAAGCAGAGAGAGAUGGAGAGAUGCCUGACACUCAUUUUACUGACUACAGUUGUAAAACUCAUCACAGCUGACGGUGUGAAUGUGAGGUUGGUUGGUGGUCACAGUCGCUGUGCUGGUAGAGUGGAGGUUCUUCAUAGAGGUCAGUGGGGAACAGUGUGUGAUGAUGACUGGGAUUUGGCUGAUGCUGCAGUGGUGUGUAGAGAGCUGGACUGUGGAGAACCUGUAGAUGCUUUGGGUGAUGCUCAUUUUGGACAAGGAUCAGGACCAAUCUGGAUGAGUUAUGUCACGUGUACUGGAUCAGAAUCUACACUGAAGAACUGUGGAUCAUCAGGAUGGGGUAUAAGCAACUGUGAUCAUAAUAAAGAUGCUGGAGUCAUCUGCUCAGGAGUCAGGCUGGUUGGAGGUUCUCGCUGCUCUGGGAGGUUAGAGAUACUUGAUAAUCAGUCGUGGGUUUCAGUGUGUGCUGCUGUGUUUGACCAGCAGGAUGCAGAGGUUGUGUGUAGAGAGCUGGACUGUGGGGCUCCUGUACAGGUGCUGGGAGAAGAUGCUUUUGGAAAAGGAGACGCUCAGAUGUGGACACAAGAGAUUCAGUGCAGAGGAAAUGAGUCUCAGAUUCACCUCUGUCCCAAAUCACUAUCACAUGAAAACAACUGUUCACAUGAGCACAACAUUGCUUUGCAGUGUACUGACAUAAUAAAUGUGAGGUUGGUUGGUGGUCACAGUCGCUGUGCUGGUAGAGUGGAGGUUCAUCAUAGAGGUCAGUGGGGAACAGUGUGUGGUGCUGGUUGGGAUUUGGCUGAUGCUGCAGUGGUGUGUAGAGAGCUGGACUGUGGAGAACCUGUAGAUGCUCUGUAUGAUGUUCAUUUUGGACUGGGAUCAAAACUGUUUUGGAUGAAAAAUGCGAUGUGUACUGGUUCAGAGUCUACACUUAAGAAAUGUGGAUUCUUAAAACCAACUGAUCCUGAUGUGUGUCUUAAUAAGAGCGCUCAAGUCAUUUGUUCAGAAGUCAGGCUGGUUGGAGGUUCUCGCUGCUCUGGGAGGUUAGAGAUACUUGAUAAUCAGACGUGGGUUUCAGUGUGUGCUGCUGCCUUUGACCAACAGGAUGCAGAGGUUGUGUGUAGAGAGCUGGACUGUGGGGCUCCUGUACAGGUGCUGGGAGAAGAUGCUUUUGGAAAAGGAGACGCUCAGAUGUGGACACAAGAGAUUCAGUGCAGAGGAAAUGAGACUCAGAUUCACCUCUGUCCAACAUCACCAUCACAUGAAAACACUUGUUCACAUGAAAAUGAUGUUGGCUUGGAGUGUGCAGACAUUAUGAGAGUGAGGUUGGUUGGUGGUCACAGUCGCUGUGCUGGUAGAGUGGAGAUUCUUCAUAGAGGUCAGUGGGGAACAGUGUGUGAUUUUGGCUGGGAUAUGGCUGAUGCUGCAGUGGUGUGUAGAGAGCUGGACUGUGGAGAACCUGUAGAUGCUGUGGGAGGUGCUCACUUUGGACAAGGAUCAGGAUCAAUCUGGACAGAUCGCAAAUUAUGUACUGGAUCAGAAUCUACAUUGAAGAACUGUGGAUCAGUAAAUUGGGGUUUUUAUGACUGUGAUCAUACAAAAGAUGCCGGAGUCAUCUGCUCAGGUGUCAGGCUUAUUGGAAACUCCAGUUGUUCUGGGAGAAUUGAAGUUCUUGAUGAUCAGUCGUGGGUUUCAGUGUGUGCUGCUGCCUUUGACCAGCAGGAUGCAGAGGUUGUGUGUAGAGAGCUGGACUGUGGGGCUCCUGUACAGAUGCUGGGAGAAGAUGCUUUUGGAAAAGGAGACGCUCAGAUGUGGACACAAGAGAUUCAGUGCAGAGGAAAUGAGUCUCAGAUUCACCUCUGUCCAACAUCCUUACACAAAAAUGGCUGUUCACAUGAUAAAUACCAGAGGCUGUUCUGUGCUGAUAAAAAGAAUGUGAGGUUGGUUGGUGCUAACAGUCGCUGUGCUGGUAGAGUGGAGGUUCAUCAUAGAGGUCAUUGGGGAACAGUGUGUGGUGUUGGCUGGGAUAUGGUUGAUGCUGCAGUGGUGUGUAGAGAGCUGGACUGUGGAGAACCUGUAGAUGCUUUGGGUGGUGCUUAUUUUGGACCAGGAUCAGGACUCAUCUUGGUGGGUGCUACAUUUUGUGCUGGAUCAGAGUCUACACUGAAGAAUUGUGGGUCAACAGGAUGGAGCAUACAUACAUGUACUCACAAUCAUGAUGCCAGUGUCAUCUGUUCAGGUCAUAAAGCUUCCAGACUCGUUAAUGGAUCUCACCUCUGCUCUGGGAGGUUAGAGAUACUUGAUGAUCAGUCGUCGGUUUCAGUGUGUGCUGCUGCCUUUGACCAGCAGGAUGCAGAGGUUGUGUGUAGAGAGCUGGACUGUGGGGCUCCUGUACAGGUGCUGGGAGAAGAUGCUUUUGGCAAAGGAGACGCUCAGAUGUGGACACAAGAGAUUCAGUGUAGAGGAAAUGAGUCUCAGAUUUCAUUCUGUCCAAUAUCAUCAUCACAGAAACACAACUGCACCAGUGACAAUACUGUGGGACUGAUCUGUUCUGGUUACACAGAGGCCAAACUGAUGAACGGUUCAGACUCUUGUUCUGGAAGAGUGGAGCUUCGGUUCAUCAAUAUGUGGGGCACAGUGUGUGAUGCAUGCUGGGAUAUGAGUGCUGCCAGUGUCCUCUGUAGACAGCUGAAUUGUGGGAUAGCUGUGUCUGUUGUGGGAUCAGACUGGUUUGGAGAGGGAAGUGGUGAAAUCUGGGCUGAUUUGUUUGAUUGUGACGGGAAUGAAACAAAACUCUCAGAAUGUUCCAUCUCUUCAUGGAGUCGAGCUGAAUGUUUUCAUAGACGAGAUGUUGGAGUCAUCUGCUCUAAUUCCUCUCUGGCUGUUCAUGAUGGUCUGGUGCGGUUGUCUGGAGAGAGACAGUGUGAGGGGGAGGUGGAAGUUUCCAUCCAUCAGGUCUGGAGGAGAGUUCUGCUGGACUCCUGGAGUCUCACUGAAUCCUCUGUGGUCUGCAGACAGCUGGGCUGUGGCUCUGUGCUGAACUUCUCCGGCUCCUCUUCAUCCAGUCCUGAACACAGUCAUGAGUGUGUGACGGGCUUCCAGUGCUCUGGGAGUGAAGCUCAUCUGGGGAACUGCAGCUCUCCACAAACUCUCAACUGCAGCUCCACACAACAGCUGUCAAUCACCUGCCUUGGUCACGGGUCCAUCAGGCUGGUGGGUUCUGGGGGAGACUGUGCAGGGAGGCUGGAGGUUUUUCACAGCGGCUCAUGGGGGACAGUGUGUGAUGACUCCUGGGAUAUUAAAGAUGCCCAUGUGGUGUGCAGACAGCUGCAGUGUGGAGUGGCCCUCAGUAACCAGCAGGUACCAGCCUGGUUUGGUCCUGGUUCUGGACCCAUAUGGCUGGAUGAGGUGGAGUGUGAGGGGAAUGAGACGUCCCUGUGGAGCUGCUCUUCUCCAGGCUGGGGAAAACAUGACUGUCAACACAAGGAGGAUGUAGGAGUUGUGUGCUCAGAGUCUAAAGAGAUCAGGUUAACUGAGGGCUGUGAAGGGAAUGUGGAGGUUUUCUACAAUGGAUCCUGGGGUAAUGUGUGCUGGAACAAGAUGGACAGAGACACAGUGAGUCUGAUCUGUCAAGAGCUGAACUGUGGAAGAUCUGGAGCUUUUUCCAAUUCUAUACCAAGACUGGAAUCAGCUCGUAACUGGCUGGAUGAAAUGAAAUGUCGACCACAUGAUUCAAAUCUGUGGCAGUGUCCAUCUUUACCCUGGGGACAGAAUGACUGUGGUGAAGAUGAAGUGGCCACAAUCACCUGUUUGGAGCAGGAGAGUCAUGAUUCUCCUAGAAGCUCUUUGUCAUGCUCCACAUCUCCACAUCAGAGACAGUGUUCAGAGCAUGUUCCUCUCAGACUGAGUGGAGGGGAGGGCCGGUGCUCUGGGAGGCUGGAGGUGUAUCAUAACGCUGUGUGGGGCUCAGUCUGUGAUGAUCUGUGGGACAUCAGCGAUGCUCAGGUGGUCUGCAGACAGCUGGGUUGUGGAGCAGCACUGAGGGCUGAUGGGAAUUCAGUCUUUGGUGCUGGUGAAGGUGUUGUGUGGCUGAACAGAGUCGAGUGCAGAGGGAAUGAGAUUCACCUGUGGGACUGUCCUCUCUCCCUGAAGAACCACACUGACUGCUCCAACAAAGAUCACGCUGGACUCACCUGUGCAGGCCACAGCAAACUCAUGAAUUUGUCAGUGUCCACUACUCCUGCAUCUUCUCCUCCAGUUUCUCAGUCAGUGAGCUCAACAUCAGUCUCUCGUUCACAAACUCCUCCGUCUCUCUCUGUGCUUGUGAUUGUACUGGGAGUUGUGCUCUUACUGCUCUUAGUGCCACUGCUUAUACUGAUUCAGCAGAACAGAGUGAUGAGGAGAGCUCUCUCUAAGAGGCGACACAAGAGCACGACUGAGGCCGUUUAUGAGGAGCUUCAUCGCAGACCCACUAACAGACACAGUUUCUUCACUCAGAGGGGAAGUGUCCUUUCUACCGAACAGCAUUCUGGGUAUGAAGAUGCUGAUAAGCUUCUUUCAGCAAAUUCUGCAGUAGGAGCCACACCUGACUAUGAUGAUGUCACCACCACUGAAGGACCAACAGUAGAGCAACAAAACACACCAGAGAAUUAUGAUGAUGUAAUCAUUGCUGAACAGAGACAUCAUGCUACAGAUGACUCAGCAGAAAACUAUGAUGAUGUCGUCAUCGUACGGCAGUUCUCCAAUGAUAAAAAAGAGGGUGAUCAGGAGGAGUAUGAUGAUGUGAAGAAUGUUGGGGAAUAUUUGCAGUGACAUGUUUGACUAUGAUGAUGUGGAGGAAGAUCCAGGAAAACAUGGAAGCGCUGUAUAACUCAAACCACACACACAUACACCGCCUCAAAUCAAAGUUUUUAAGUGGUCUGAAAAGUGUUUAAGAUCAUCCUAUAUACUGUAUGUUUUACCUGCAGUCCAGCAAUGUUUUAUGUUGCACUUUUUUGUUUUUUUGCUAUACAUUUCUAUCAUUUCUAUCAUCUAUCAUCUAUAGAAAUUUGAGAGAACAAAAAACUAUUUCAUGAGUUCUUUAGCUUUAAGCCACCAGCGCCAUUUUAAAUGUAGGCUCACUGCUGGUGGACUUUUAUAUUUUGUUAAAAAUUGUUGGAAUUUCCUUUUGGAAAUAAGUUUACAAACAGCAGCUGUGAGCAAUUAUCAGAAAAGCAUGUUCACUUUAUGUUCUGCAGAAGGAGUUUCUGACUGUCAGAAACACAAGACAUGCAAGCUGAAUGCAAGCUGUAAGCUGAAAUCUUCAGUGUUUAUAACAGAGCUUUUUAAAGUACCAUACCCUGUUUGUUUCAUGUAUUUGUUUUAGAUUUGCUUCCAAUUUAAUUGUUGUUUUGAAGUGAUGUCUAUGUUUUCUGUUAAAGUGUUUGUCAUCUCAUCUGCAGGUGUCAGACUUUGCGUUUCCCACAUUCACUCUUAUGACACCUGGGUGACUUUGUCAGCACUUUUAAAGGAGACCUAUUAUGCAAAAUUCCUUUUUACAUGAUGUUUGAACAUAAAUGUGUGCUGGCAGUGUUCGUGUAACACAAUCACCCUAUAAUGAUAAAAAUCCACCCACUCCUUUUUUUAAUCCCCAUAAAUCAUAAGCACUGUCUCAGAACAAGUCGUUCACAGGUUCUGUACAAAGUGACAUUUGUACAGGCUGACUGUUGACGGACACUGCUGUAUUAGCAUAGACCCCGCCCUGUGCUGAAUCCAGCUCCUUAUUCGCAGUUUCUUAUUGACGCUAUCCGGUCCACCUUAAAAGAUGCGACGCUUCCGCGUUUAUAGCUUCUUAUUCACGCUCAAUUUAGGGACAGUGCAGUUUUUCUUUUUCGCGCUUUUUUGAGGUAUUGUGUUGCUUUUUGUGUCUAUUAUCAGAAACUAUUUUGAAAUUGAACACUGAUAUAUCAGCGAAAAUAGGCUGCAAAAAUAUAAAGGCACAUAAAAUAUAAUUAGUAGGCUAUUCUUUGUUUAUUGAACGUAUCAUCAGCUCAACUUGAAGGACCAUGUAGUUUUUCUCUUAUUCACGCAUUUUAUGCUAUUAUUGUCUAUUUUCAGAAAAAAAUAAUAAUAAACUAUUCUGAAAUGUAAAUAACACCGAGAUAUCUGUGAAAAUUACUGUAUAAUUACAAAGGUGUAUAAAAAACAAUUACAUUCUUUUUGUACGUCAUCAUUUAAAAGCAUUAAUGAAUCAAUUGAAUAAAAAAAUAAUUCAAGCACAUAUUACAGAUUUCAAUAUCACAAGGUAGAGACUAUACCAGCUCCAGCUCCAGCUUGGAUCCAGCCUGUUAUGAAGACUUCAGAUGAAGGACUCCAGAACAUCAAACAUGGAUGAUUAUACAAAAUGAUCAUGUUAUCAUUGCUUUGCAUGCACACUACUUUUGCUUAAAAGAAGUAAAUACUACAAUUUGUAUAUCUUACAACUGUACGUUCUGAUAUCAUCUCAUAAAAGAAGACUGUUGUGUUUUUGUCACAUAGAAACAUGAAUUUGCUGUAAAGCUUCUUUUGAAAUAUGUAUAGUGAAAAGCGCUAUACAAGUGAAUGUGAAUUAAAUUACCUUUGAGGGUGCGUUAAAAGUUGCACUGGGGCCUUAUUCCCAAUGUACUUGACUGUCACCAUGCACAUUUUCGA